GUGAAUAGUGCUCCCGAACCUUUUGAGUCAUUUUGUUUGACUGAAAAAGUGGAAGUGGCAGAAUUUAGCUGUGAAAAAUUACUGGAGUUAGGCACCAAAAUUGAAGAUGAAAAAUUCAGACCUGGACAGCUGAGCUACAGAGGGUAAUUCUUCAUCGGACAGAACGUAACCUGACUGAGGACUGAGGUUACCAUGUGGCGUUGUUGGAUGCCAUUCAUCUUGGCCUGGGUAUCCAUGGGAACCCCAAUGCUCUGCCAAAGUGGGGAUGGUGAUUGGGGUUCAGGCUUUGGUAUUUAUUCUGCCGUAAUGGCCACCAAUGACACAUCUCAGGCAGUUGGUGAUGAGCCUGCGAGGAUGAAAAACAACCAUGACUGGAUCGCAUCAGCUGCAUUUUCACCAUCACCCUCACCUACGCUGCACUUUGAGCCCCACCCGGACAAGUGCUCCGUGCACUUCAGCACUAACACUGCUUCAGCCCGAAGGCUGAAGGCCCAGAAAGAGGAGCUGGCUUAUCUGCAGGCCAUCAAGCGCGGAAACGAAGCGGUGAUGGAGAACUUGGUGCAGUUCGUGGAGGCAGAGCUGGGAGAGCAGAGUUAUGAGGACGUAAUCAAAGAAAAUAUCAUCGGCAUCCAGGAGGACCACAAGAGCUGUCAUGAGGUGGUGGAGAAAGCUGAAGAAGAUCUAGAAAAGCAGCUGGAGGGGGACGUGUUGGACGCCUUCGCUGGGAUGCAGAAAAUCAGAGAAGAGUCCUUGGCUUUUGAAGACAUGCUUCGUACUGCAGUGGACAUCGCCAACAGGCUAGAGACCACAUCACAGGCCCUGCAGGCCUCGUUCACCAAGCAGCUGAAAGACAUUACCAAAAUCCAUCACUGAAGAAGCAUUGAAAAGCUUUUAAAAACUGUUCACAUGUCAUCCUCUAACUCAUGGAAGAUGCACCAACUGUAAGAAUGAACAAAGACGAAGCUCUGACAAUUGAUAAUUUUACCACAUGUGAAAGAUGAAAGAAAACAGCAAAAACAAAUUUUUGGGUGAAAAAAAAACACAUUUCCCUCUUACGGAAGUUAUACCCCCAGUAACCCAUAAAAUAUUUUUUUCCAUCCACGCAUUAUUUGUGGAAUUUGGUGAGGUCAAACAUGGCAACAGUAUGUGGUGCAGGUUUGAGCCAAGUUGAGUGUUUAUGGAUCAAACUAGAUUGGCCUUCGGAGACCAAACAUAAUGACUCUGUUAGUCUUCUCCAGAGGAAGCUAUGGAUCGGCCAUCUGGUUCCAGGGUGAGGAUGGAGGCCAGGAUACACUUACGAUGACUAGUGUGUUUCAAAGGUGAUUUUUUUUUUUUUUUUGGCAAAUGUGAAAAAAAAAAGAAAAAGAAGAAAAAAGAAGAAGAAGACUGCAACAGGGGCAGCUUUGUUAUUCUGAAAUAUCUGUGGACAAGACAUUGUAUAUAUGACUAGACAGUUCCUGUCAUCAGGAAGAAAUACACGGGGACACAACCAUAAGAAAACUCGAUAAAGCUCUUAAAACUCUGAAUAUGCACAUUGUUUAAAGAAAUGUUUGUAAGGUCAUGUGUGUUUGUUGGAUUUACCCCUUCAAACGUGACAGUAAAGCUUUAGGUUUGUGUCCACUUCCACUGUUGACGAUGUGAAUUGUUCUCUAUUGCCAUGACUCAUGAGAGCAAAUGCUUUGAUUUUAUUUGCAAUCAGAAAAUAUGUAAUUGUAUGAAUUUGUAUGAUAUGAAGUACAUAUGAUCCAGUAAAGAGCAACAAACAAAA